AUGUCCCGGCACCACAGCCGCUUCGAACGAGAUUACCGCGUGGGCUGGGACCGCCGAGAGUGGAGCGCCAACGGUACGCAUGGGACCACCAGCAUCUGCAGCGCCACCGCGGGGGCCGGUGGCGGCUCAGCCAGUAGCCUCAGCGCCCGGCCCGGCCUCUUGCCGCUGCCCGUGGUGCCGUCCCGGCUGCCCACGCCCGCCACCGCCCCGGCUCCCUGCACUACCGGCAGCGGUGAGGCCAUCACCAGCCUCGUGGCCAGCUCUGCCUCCGCCGUCACCACCAAGGCUCCCGGCAUCUCCAAAGCGGAUAGUCAGUCCCAGGGACUCACGACCAGCAUCCGGUGGGGGCAGACGCCCAUCAAUCAGUCCACGCCCUGGGACACUGAUGAGCCGCCCUCCAAACAGAUGAGGGAGAGCGACAAUCCAGGCACAGGGCCAUGGGUGACCACGGUGGCCGCCGGGAACCAGCCUGCCCUGAUCGCACACUCCUAUGGAGUGGCCCAGCCUCCUACCUUCAGCCCGGCUGUGAACGUCCAGGCCCCAGUCAUUGGGGUGACCCCCUCACUGCCUCCCCACGUGGGGCCCCAGCUCCCGCUGAUGCCAGGCCACUACUCGCUCCCACAGCCACCCUCUCAGCCACUGAGUAGCGUGGUGGUCAACAUGCCGGCCCAGGCCCUGUACGCCAGCCCGCAGCCCCUGGCCAUGUCCACGCUGCCUGGCGUGGGGCAGGUGGCCCGUCCGGGACCCACUGCCGUGGGCAACGGCCACAUGGCAGGGCCCCUGCUGCCUCCACCAGCACCAGCCCAGCCGUCUGCCACCCUCCCCAGCGGUGCCCCUGCCACCAAUGGGCCCCCCACGACUGACUCGGCCCACGGGCUGCAGAUGCUGCGGACAAUUGGCGUGGGGAAGUAUGAGUUCACCGACCCUGGGCACCCCAAAGAAAUGUUGAAGGAAUUGAACCAGCAGCGCAGAGCGAAAGCGUUUACAGACCUGAAAAUUGUUGUUGAAGGCAGAGAGUUUGAAGUCCACCAAAAUGUUCUAGCUUCCUGCAGCUUGUAUUUCAAGGACCUGAUUCAAAGGUCGGUGCAAGAUGGCAGCCAGUGUGGCCGGGAGAAGCUGGAGCUCGUCCUGUCCAACCUGCAGGCCGAUGUCCUUGAACUGCUCCUGGAGUUUGUCUACACGGGCUCCCUGGUCAUCGACUCGGCCAAUGCCAAGACGCUGCUGGAGGCCGCCAGCAAGUUCCAGUUCCACACCUUCUGCAAAGUCUGUGUGUCCUUUCUCGAGAAGCAGCUGACGGCCAGCAACUGCCUGGGGGUCCUGGCCAUGGCUGAGGCCAUGCAGUGCAGCGAGCUCUACCACAUGGCCAAGGCCUUUGCGCUGCAGAUCUUCCCUGAGGUGGCGGCCCAGGAGGAGAUCCUCAGCAUCUCCAAGGACGACUUCAUCGCCUACAUCUCCAAUGACAGCCUCAACACGAAGGCCGAGGAACUAGUAUAUGAGACCGUCAUCAAGUGGAUCAAGAAGGACCCCGUGGCCCGUGCACAGUAUGCUGCAGAGCUCCUGGCCGUGGUCCGCCUCCCCUUCAUCCACCCCAGCUAUCUGCUCAAUGUGGUUGACAACGAGGAGCUGAUCAAGUCGUCAGAAGCGUGUCGGGACCUGGUCAACGAGGCCAAACGCUACCACAUGCUGCCCCACGCCCGCCAGGAGAUGCAGACACCCCGAACCCGGCCCCGCCUCUCCGCAGGUGUGGCUGAGGUCAUCGUCUUGGUUGGGGGCCGUCAGAUGGUGGGGAUGACCCAGCGCUCACUGGUGGCCGUCACCUGCUGGAACCCACAGAACAACAAGUGGUACCCCCUCGCCUCACUGCCCUUCUAUGACCGAGAGUUCUUCAGCGUAGUGAGUGCCGGGGACAACAUCUACCUCUCAGGUGGGAUGGAAUCAGGGGUGACGCUGGCCGAUGUCUGGUGCUACAUGUCCCUGCUCGAUAACUGGAACCUCGUCUCCAGAAUGACGGUCCCCCGCUGCCGGCACAACAGCCUUGUCUACGAUGGGAAGAUUUACACCCUCGGGGGACUUGGCGUAGCGGGCAACGUGGACCACGUGGAGAGGUACGAUACCAUUACCAAUCAAUGGGAGGCUGUGGCCCCUCUGCCCAAGGCCGUGCACUCCGCAGCAGCCACAGUGUGUGGCGGCAAGAUCUACGUGUUUGGUGGUGUGAACGAGGCAGGCAGAGCCGCAGGCGUCCUACAGUCUUACGUUCCACAGACCAACACAUGGAGCUUUAUCGAGUCCCCAAUGAUUGACAACAAGUACGCUCCCGCCGUCACCCUCAAUGGCUUCGUUUUCAUCCUGGGCGGGGCUUAUGCCAGAGCCACCACCAUCUACGACCCUGAGAAAGGGAACAUUAAGGCAGGCCCAAACAUGAAUCACUCUCGCCAGUUCUGCAGCGCCGUGGUGCUUGAUGGCAAGAUUUAUGCAACUGGCGGCAUUGUUAGCAGUGAGGGGCCUGCCCUGGGCAACAUGGAAGCCUAUGAGCCCGCGACCAACACGUGGACCCUACUCCCCCACAUGCCCUGCCCUGUGUUCAGACACGGCUGCGUUGUGAUAAAGAAAUAUAUUCAAAGCGGCUGA